CACGCAGCGAAAUGCCUGCCGCUCCAUUUCGGUUAGCAAACGCACAGCGAUUAGUUGCAUUUUUCGCGGAAAAAGCCUUUUUCCGGUGGGUUGAAAAUUUUGUUUUUCUCGGUGACAAUACGUCUUGCAGUAAGUGUGUGAGCGAGCAGUCGGUGGUUGAUGCAACCGCGUUUGCAUAAUUGUCGUAAAAUGAAAGCGGCGCCGGAAUGGUGAAUCCAAGAUAAGGCAGCAACAUGAAAGGAAGAGUGUGCUAAUGUUCUAUUAAUAACACGCAUCACAAUUUCAUACAGCAGCCGGUGGGAGGUGGAAAACUCAUUCCUCGGUGUGUUGAACGGAACAACGGAUCGUCGCUGCAGUCGGGCCGCUGUAAUUGGAUUGACGUUGUUUUCUCUUGCUCAACCUCAUGGAUUAAUUAGUGAAGAGUGACUGAUUUGAAUGGAAUUCCGAGUGGCAAAAAUAGUGCUUUGUAAUAGAAAUCAAAGAUAAACGGUGUGAUACACAUUUCUCAGCUAUCAGUGCAAUCCGAAUUUUUCGCACCCCUAGUGCCUAGCGUGUGUUAUUGUUGAAACGUAUUACCUUCCGUUGUCUGUUAUCAAACGAGACUGUUUGCUCGGCCCCGAGCGAAUCUUGUUAUGAGUGGCUUGAGCUGGCCUAACUCGCGGGUUAUUAGUGAGAUAGUGUUAAUCAUAUUUGCUUUAGAGUGAACACACCUUUCAGAGGAGCAGCGGCACAUAUGGUAGAAGAAGGGAUUCAACCUGCUCUGUAUGCUUCAUCACCUCUACACAGCACCGGGGUUUUGAAGAGCUACGUGGAUCAAGUCUCGUGCAUGUGUAAGCAAACAAGCAAAGGGCGAAAUGAUGAGGGCCUGCCAUAAAGCCAGACAUGUGCGUCCCUUUAUUCGCUUCAGUUGUCGGGUCCUAUAAGAGAGUGUACAUUUAGUGCGAUUUUUGUGUCUUCCUGCCUUCAGACGGUGCAUUCUAUAUGCGCCAGACAACGUGUAUUGUCCGGGGGUGAGCAGUGUGGCACAAUUUGUCAUUAUCGGCUUUUACAAGAUUCGCAAACUACACAGUGUCUACGAUAUUUACAAUUUUCGCAAUUUACCACAGUAGGCGUGAAGUUUUGAAAAUAUUUUCAUCUGAUAGUGACAGUGAGUUGUGGUCGAAUUUGUAUCUUGCUGCGGUUUCACUAGCAACAACAGGAUAGAAAAGGUGAUAGAAAGCACACUUUGGCUCUAAACGGAGAAAAAUCAUUUCACCGCACAAGUGGAAUUAUCUUUGCUUCAUUUCCUGGUUUGUGGUUCCGUAUGAAGAAAGAACCCCUCCGAAACGCGUAAAAUAACAUCCCUGUGGACCGCCCUCGCGAAACUACGCAACGUAUGCAUCCAUUCCACGGAGUCAAGAGUGUGGUCGACGAAGACGACGCCAGACGCAGCUGCCGCCAGCCGAAACGCUCCGUUUGGGGGGAAAUUGCGAAAAUAAGGCCAACGGCCAGUCGAACACCAAAUACUAGUGCCGCCCGACGACGGUACAUUUCAGUGCGCCCCAACCGGCUGACAACCAUCUCCAGCCAUCAUCGGCCCGCGUACAUAACCUAGAAAACGUACCCAUAUUUCCAUAUAGACACACACAAACGAGCGCCGCAGACGGUGGUGGCCGGCUGAUUGCCGAGUUGUUUAUUUUUAUUUCGCUGCGAUCGCGGGGAGCGCCUUAAGUUGCUUUGAAUGCUGCUGAUGCGUGCAGCAGCGCUGUGAUUCUCGCUGUGCUGCGCGACGUCGCGAGAAGAUCAGAAACCACCACGAGGUCUUCCCUACAGAGAGCUAGAGUGGGACACACAGUGAAACGUGUACAUAAUUAAUGAUUUAUGGUACAAACAAACCGCCACCAGCGUCGGAGAGUUCGAUGAAGUCUAAAGUUCAAACUAGCAUAAGACAAAGUGCACCAUCGCUUGGCCGAUGGGGACGCUCAACGGUCACCACGAGUCCGAUCAGCAUACCAGGUGGCGGCGGGGGAGAAUACAUUGCUGGAGGCGGAGGGUCAAGUCCACCGCACAGUCCCAAUUCACCACCCGCAAACGAGUCCCGAUCUGUGAUACGACAGUCCAGCUUGAACAAGAUCAGCUAUAUGAUCAACACCGCGGUCAAUGGAACCAAGAAGCAGUUCAUCAGCAGUACCAGUGGAGGUAAUGGCGAUACAUCCUGGUGCUUUUCACAGAUAAAGGGUGCCCUAGACGAUGAUGUGACGGAUGCAGACAUCAUCUCGUGUGUGGAGUUCAACCAUGAUGGCGAGCUGUUGGCCACCGGCGACAAAGGCGGCCGCGUUGUCAUAUUCCAGAGAGAUCCUGCCUCCAAAUCGUCGACCCCGCGACGCGGCGAGUACAACGUCUAUUCCACCUUCCAGUCACACGAGCCCGAGUUCGACUAUCUCAAGUCGCUAGAAAUAGAGGAAAAAAUCAACAAGAUCAGAUGGCUGCGGCGCAAAAAUCAAUCGCACUUCCUGCUGUCGACGAACGACAAAACGAUAAAGCUCUGGAAGGUGUCGGAGCGGGACAAACGGGUCGAGGGAUACAACACGCGGGAGGACAACGGCAGCAUACGUGAUCCGGGUAUGAUUAGCUCGCUGCGGGUGCCAUCGAUAAAGCCAAUGGAUCUGAUGGUGGAGGCAUCGCCCCGUCGGAUCUUUGCCAACGCUCACACCUAUCACAUCAACUCGAUAUCGGUCAACUCGGACCAAGAGACGUACCUCUCGGCGGACGAUCUGCGAGUCAAUCUGUGGCAUCUGGAGAUCACCGACCAGAGCUUCAACAUCGUCGACAUCAAGCCGGCCAACAUGGAGGAACUGACGGAGGUCAUCACGGCGGCCGAGUUCCAUCCGACCGAGUGCAACGUGUUCGUGUACUCCAGCAGCAAGGGUACAAUUAGGUUAUGUGAUAUGCGCUCCUCUGCGCUCUGCGAUCGGCACGCAAAGCUGUUCGAAGAACCGGAGGACGUGGACAUCACCAACAAGAGCUUUUUUCGCGAGAUCAUCAGUUCGAUCAGCGAUGUAAAGCUGAGCAACACCGGCCGGUACAUGAUUUCCCGGGACUAUCUGAGUAUUAAGGUGUGGGAUCUGCACAUGGAGACGAAGCCAAUCGAGACGUAUCCGGUGCACGAGUACCUUCGCACGAAGCUGUGCUCACUGUACGAGAACGAUUGCAUCUUCGACAAGUUCGAGUGCUGCUGGAACGGCAACGACAGCUCGAUCAUGACCGGCAGCUACAACAACUUUUUCCGCGUGUUCGAUCGGAACAGCAAGAAGGACGUCACGCUCGAGGCCUCCCGGGACAUCAUCAAGCCGAAGACGGUGCUGAAGCCCCGGAAGGUGUGCACCGGUGGCAAGCGGAAAAAGGACGAAAUCAGCGUCGACUGUUUGGACUUUAACAAGAAGAUCCUGCACACCGCCUGGCAUCCGCUCGAGAAUAUCAUCGCCGUCGCCGCUACCAAUAAUCUAUUUAUAUUUCAGGAUAAGUUUUAGCUAAUAGUAAGCAUAGUAGUAGUAAUAAUCAAUUAUAAAUGUUUAGGUUGAAAACAGGGGCCGCGAAAAAAAACCGGGGGAAGAGAAACAGUAAAUUGGGGGGUGAGAAAGUGAAGAAGCAGAUGAAUUUGGCAAAGUGCGGAGCGUUUCUUAGCGAGAGAAUCCAAGUGGUAUAUUUGGAAGCGAACUUAUGCAGGAAGAUUAAAACGUUGGAAUUAUGAAAAGGAACACAGCAACAAAAAAACAUAAUGUGAAAGCUUUUUAUAAUAUACCAUACCAAGAGGCAAAGGGCAAACCAUACACUCAGCAGAUUAAAGAGAGGAGGGAAAGUAAAAAAGGAAAAAAAAAUAAAAAUUAUUAUUACUAUUAUUCUUAAUUAACUAACGAAGUAAUAACAACAAGAAAAAAAAAACAUUGAUCAGGACGUAAGGAAAUGUUUGAGUGCGUGCGUAUUGAAACCGAGAGAGAGAGAGUGUGUGUAUGAAGUGAUUGAAUGCUAGAGCCCGUUUGUCAAAGAGCUCUAGAAAACGUUAAACAAGCAGCAUCAGCAGUACCGAUUAUGAUUAUCAAUUAAUUGAUAGUUCAAUCUUAAAUUUCAUUAUCAGUAUCCGUCAUUGUCAGCACAGCGGCAGUAGUUGAAUCAUCCGUUUUAAAAACUAUUAAUUAGACAGUGAAUAUUGAAGAAUGGGAAUAUGAUACAAUAGAAAGAGCAGAAUAAAAAAACAUCUAGUACUAAGCAGAGCAGAAGCGCAGCAGCGAUCCUUUUGAACGAACAAAAAAAACAAAAAAUUGGAAGGUUAGAAUCAAUCAACAAACGAAGGAAGCGCAGAGACACAGCAGCAGCGAAGCUAGAGCGAACUUGGCCGAAAGUUUCACAACAUUAUUAGACACACAGCCGAAAGUGGAGACAGUGUACACCAACUUGUUGCAUUCAUUACUAUUAUUAUUAUAUGAAUUAUUGAAGCAUUGGAUAAUUGACCUGGUCCCGGGUCCUGGCUCCUCUUUCUGGGAGACUCGGAGCUGGUCUAGUUUUUUUAGGCGAAUAUAACAUUCGAAAAUAAGAUGGCAAGGUUUGGCCCCGCGAUGUAGAUCGAAGGGAGAGGAAUGGUUUCAUACACUACUUUCUCGUCUCGGCAGCAUCCGCGACCGAACGAACGCUUUUGUUGGAACCGAAAUAAUACACA